AUGAAGGAUUUCUUAGAAAAGAUAGUGAGGAAGAAGGCACACUCUUCGUCGUCGACGUCGUCGCCGCCGCCUCGAUAUUCGAGAUUAUCUUGUGAUGCAGUGAAUGAUGAUGAUAAUGUUAACCAUCCUAAACAUGAAAUUCGGAGAGGGUAUGUGCCUGUUAUGGUAGGCAUGUGUGAGGAGGAAAAGGAGAGAUUUAUGGUGCCUUGUAGAUGGAUGAAGCAUCCUUAUAUUGUUGCUUUGCUUCAGCUAUCUGCCAAUGAGUUUGGGUAUCAUCAACAAGGUGUCAUUCAUAUUCCUUGUGAACCACAUCACUUUAAAGAUAUUAUGGAGAAUAUAUCAUCUUCCAAAUAG